UCCACGUCAAACAAGCUUCAUAACUUACAACUCCUGAACGUGACACAUAGACUCAAAAACGCGCUUCUCAGCUUAUUAUGUGUCACCCAUGUGAUUAUUAUCCAAACAACUUUCCCGUUUCCGAGUUAACUCAACAAAAAUUCUAACUCACUCCGAGUUUCAUCAUCUUCUUCUUCUUCACCAUGAAUAAUCCAUAAUCCAAAACCUCUUAGAAUCGAAUUUUGAACCAACAAAAAUGAUGAACCAAGAUCACGUUCUUCGCGCUUCCCAGGAUGAUGAAAUGGAGUCAUUAGUCCUCCAUGACGACGCCGAAAACGGCGGCGAUAGCUCCUCCGGCAACGUUCAACAACCUCCGCAAAGUCCUAAAGCACCGUUCAAUUCAUUCCUCGAUCCUCCUUCUUACGCUGAAGCAAUCUUCACUUCAUUCGAUUCCAACGGUCACGAUCAAACCCUAGAAAACUUGACUCGAGCCGGAUCCGGAUCAGGAACUGAAUCCGAUUCGAUUCAUAUUUCGGUUUCUGAUCCUCAAGAGGAGCAAGAGGUAACGAACUCGCUUGUUCCAGGUGGAAGUAGUUAUCAUACGUAUCUGAUCACGACGAGGACUGGAAAAUCGGAGUAUGGUGUCAGGAGGAGGUUUCGGGAGGUGGUUACGUUGUCGGAACGGUUAUCGGAGGUUUAUCGUGGUUAUGUCAUUCCGGUGAGGCCGGAGAAAAGUUCGGUAGAGAGGAAGGUGAUGCAGAAGGAGGAGUUUGUGGAGCAGAGGAGAUUAGCGUUGGAGAAGUAUCUGAGGAAAUUAGGGUUGCAUCCUGUGAUUGGGAAGAGUGAGGAGUUGAGAGUGUUUUUGCAGGUUCAAGGGAAGUUGCCGUUGAUGAGGACGACGGAUGUGGCGUCAAGGAUGCUUGAUGGGGCGGUGAGGCUGCCAAGGCAGCUGUUUGGGGCGGAGAGUGGGGUUGUUGAUUUGAAUGAUGUGGCUCAGCCGGCGAAAAGUGGAAGGGAUUUGCUUCGGAUUUUCAAGGAGUUGAAACAAUCUGUUAGUAAUGAUUGGGGGGGUGCUAAGCCAUUGGUUGUUGAAGAAGAUAAGGAGUUUAUGGAGAAGAAGGAUAAGUUGAUGGAGUUUGAACAACAACUUAGCAAUGUUUCUCAGCAGGCUGAAUCCCUUGUCAAGUUUCAGCAAGACAUGGGUGAAACAAUGGGUGAGCUAGGGUUGGCUUUUGUGAAACUUACUAAAUUUGAGACAGAAGAAGCUGAAUUCGAAUCUCAGAGAGUAAGGGCUGCUGAUAUGAAAAAUGUAGCAACUGCAGCUGUCAAAGCAAGCAGGUUAUAUAGAGAGCUGAAUACACAAACAAUCAAACAUCUGGAUAAACUACAUGAAUACCUUGGGACAAUGCUAGCCAUCAACAACGCUUUUGCUGACCGAUCAAGUGCAUUGUUGACAGUUCAAACACUUUCAUCAGAACUAGCUUCUUUACAUUCACGGAUUGAGAAGCUCGAAGUUGCUUCAUCCAGAAUAUUUGGUGGAGACAAGUCUAGGAUGCGGAAAAUUGAAGAAUUGAAAGAAGCAGUUAGAGUAACUGAGAGUGCUAAAAUUUGUGCAGAUAGAGAGUAUGAACGAAUCAAGGAAAAUAAUAGGAGUGAGCUUGAAAGAAUUGACAAGGAAAGGCAAAGUGACUUUCAAAACAUGCUGCGAGGGUUUGUUGUAAAUCAGGCAGGCUAUGCAGAGAAGAUGGCUGCUGUGUGGGAAAAGCUUGCGGAAGAAACAUCUACGUACUCAAGUGACAGCAGCUAGAAUGUACUUGGCUGUAAAUUUUUGUUUCAUCCUUUUCAUGAUACUCUAGAUUUUUAUCUCAUUAGGUCUAAAGCUUAUGUAGUAUAAAAAUACUGAGCAUUCGGCGGACAUAGUUUUAACUAACCAGAGUUGUACAUGAUAUAUUAUUGUCUGAUGACAUUCAAUAUUUCAUUGUUGAAAAUUAUCAAAGAUCUCAACCUGGAAAUGUCUUGUAAUUGUUGUCCUGUAAUCUUUGUAGAUAGUGUUUCCAUCA